UAGAAGUGGUGAUUUUUUCUCUUUCUUGCUCUCUAUCACAGUCAAAUUAUUUCUCAUAGUUAUCUUUUCAUUGCUUUUCACAGUACCAGCUAGGUGUUUGAAAAAAAAAACGAAUCUAUGGCUGAGCAAGAGGUGGUUCUGCUGGAUUUCUGGGUCAGCAUGUUCGGCAUGAGGGUCAGAAUAGCUCUAGAUGAAAAGGGUAUCAAGUACGAGUAUAAAGAACAAGAUCUGUUUGACAAGGGUCCCUUGCUUCUUCAAAUGAACCCGAUUCAUAAGAAGAUCCCUGUUCUCAUCCAUAACGGAAAACCGAUCUGUGAGUCUCUUAUUAUUUUGCAGUACAUCGACGAGGUUUGGCCUGACAAAGCUCCUUUGCUACCAUCCGAUCCUUACCAGAGAGCCCAAGCAAGGUUCUGGGCUGACUUCAUUGACAAAAAGGUGUAUGACGUUGGUGAGAAGAUAUGGAGCACAAAUGGAGAAGAGAGAGAGGCAGGGAAAAAGGAUUUCUUUGAAACGUUUAAGACGUUAGAAGGAGAGCUUGGAGAGAAGACAUACUUUGGGGGAGAGAGGUUUGGAUUUGUCGAUGUUACCCUAAUGGGAUUCUACAGCCGGUUUUAUGCAUAUGAGAUUUUUGGAAACUUCAGCAUCGAGGCCGAGUGCCCCAAGCUCAUUGCAUGGGCCAAUAGAUGCCUGCAGAGGGAGAGCGUCGCCAAAGCUAUCGUUGAUGAGAAAAAAGUGUACGAGUUUCUCAUCAGUUUGAGGAAGAGGUUGGGAAUCGAGUAGAGAAAUUAGUAUAGUAUUGAGAAAUAAUUCAGUUUGCUUUCUUUUCUUUCUUGAGUACCUAUUUUCUUCUUUAAAUAUAUUAAUUUCUUUUUUGUUUCGUUUGGGAUUUGGGAUUGUUGUUGUCUUUAAUUCUUUCCUCCCAGGCAUGGAGCUUUGCUUCAGUAUGACACUUUGGUAUGUUUGAUGUUAUAAGGCUUAUUAUGUAGUUCUGUUACUGUAUAUCAAGGAAUAAAAUACAAACAAAUAUACAGUAAUAAUAUUAAAUUUAAUUUAAUUU